AAUUUAUAUAAUUUAAUAUAAUGUCCGAUUCUGAAGAAUCGAUAGACUCGAUAGAAUUGGAGCAUUAGAUGUUAAUUGAUGAAUACAAGGAUUUACUUAAGGAAUUUAAUGAAUUAUAAUAAUAAAAUUAAGUGAAACCUAAAAAGUAGGAAAUUUCAAUGGAGAAUUUCGAAUUUUAAUGGAAGCAAUUAUUGGAAAUAAAAAAGUCAUUAGAUGAUAAGAUAGGACAAAUACAUUUUUAAUCUUAAGUGAAAUAGGAGUAUGAUUUUGAUUAUAAUUAGAGAAUUAGAAGAUUAUUAGGAUAAAUUGGUAAUCGUGAAAGAAUAAAUUUAAAAGUAGAAUAAAGAAUUAUAAGAGAAAGAAUAAUUAAUAAAAUUAUUGUAAAAAUAACUAAAAGAUUUGUGA